GCCCCAGCCUCCGGCUUACGAAGUUUCCGCGUCUUCAGUCUUCAUUCUGGGCUCGGAGCAGAAGCGAAAGCGAUUCGUUCUUUUCUCCUCCUUCUCUGGCCUCCAGUAGACAGCGCCACCACUGCACCCCACCCCUCCCCACCCCACUCCACCCCCGGCUGCCGGCGCUGUAGCGGAGGCAGCGGCCAGCGAGCGAGGAUGUUCGCGGCGGGGCUGGCUCCCUUCUACGCCUCCAACUUCAGCCUCUGGUCGGCGGCUUACUGUUCUCCGGCCGGAGCAGCGGGCUGCUCUUUCCCCCUGGAUCCAGCCGCGGCCAAGAAACCCUCCUUUUGCAUUGCAGAUAUCCUGCACGCGGGUGUUGGGGAGUCGGGAGCAGCAGCCGAGAGCCUCUCGGGGGGCUCUUCCACGGCCCUCACGGCUCACUUGGGCGCAGUUCACCCUCACGCCCCAUUCCAAGCUGCCACUGGAUCCCCCUUGCGACCUACUCCAGUGGUGGCGCCCCCCGAAGUUCCAACUGCGUUCCCUCAGAGGCUGUCUCCACUCUCGGCCGCCUAUCACCACCACCAUCAUCACCAGCAGCCACAGCAGCAGCAGCAGCAGCCACAACAGCAGCAGCAGCAGCCGCCUGCACCACCACCACAUCGGCCCGGAGCCAUGCAGUCCCAAGCCCCCGGGGCGAGGAUGCUAGCGAACCCUCAUCACCACAGUGGUUCAACUCCAGCCCCCUCCAGCAAGGAUCUCAAAUUUGGGAUUGACCGCAUAUUGUCGGCGGAGUUCGAUCCCAAAGUGAAAGAAGGCAACACAUUGAGAGAUCUUACCUCCUUACUAACCACCGGCCGGCAAACUGGGCUUCACCUCCCCGCUUUGCAGCCUUCUGCGGGCCACUUCUUCGCGUCUCUAGAUCCUAUUAACGAGGCCUCUGGUAUCCUGAGUCCCUUAAACUCAAACCCGAGAAGUUCAGUUCAGCACCAGUUUCAAGACACUUUUCCAGGUCCCUAUGCGGUUCUAACGAAGGACACCAUGCCUCAAACAUACAAGAGGAAGCGUUCUUGGUCUCGUGCGGUUUUUUCCAACUUGCAGAGGAAAGGUUUGGAGAAAAGGUUUGAGAUUCAGAAGUAUGUCACGAAGCCGGAUAGAAAGCAGCUAGCCGCGAUGCUGGGCCUGACAGAUGCUCAAGUGAAAGUGUGGUUCCAGAACAGGAGAAUGAAGUGGCGCCACUCCAAGGAAGCACAGGCCCAAAAGGACAAAGAGAAGGACCCGGCUGAGAAGCUGCAGGGAGGUGCUCCAACUGCCGAAUGUGAGAGAGAGGACAGGAGCCCCAGCAGGUCGGAAGGGGAGAGCGAGAGCAGCGAUUCGGAGUCCCUGGACAUGGCCCCCAGCGACACGGAAAGGACUGAGGGGACUGAGCAGCUCUUACACCAGACCAGCGUCAUUAAGUCCUCUCCUUCUUCCUCUUCGACUUCCUCGUCCUCCACCAGCCCCAACACCACGACCACCACGACCACCACGACCACCACCACGAGCAGCAGCGGCAGCAGUAACAGCAUGAACAGCAUGAACAGCAGCUGCAGCCCAGAGCUGCAAACGCCACUGCCUCUCCACUGCACCGCUAACGAAAGCCUGGAGCCUGCUCCGCUUGGUGGCCUAUAAGCCAGCCUGGCAGCUAGUCGCCUGGCAGAAGGGAAGAGUUGUGGAGGUUGGAGAAGUUCUUUCUGUGAACCCCCUGGCAUUUGGGCCAGUUUGCUAAUUUAUAUCAUGGACCAGGUAUUACCAAAAGGACCAUAGAGGCCCAGGCAAGGGCGGACCUCCUUUCUGUACAUAUACUCUGCCUCCUUUGUGUGACUAUCCCGGAGCUUUCUCCUUAUACUAAGAGGGAAUCACAGAUACUGAUACCCCCACCUCCACUUUCUCCAACAAGAUCCAACACUUUCCUUGACCCAAACAAGUCUUAAAAAAAAAUGGAGGGGUGGGGAAGGGAGGCGGGAGGCGGGAAGAAACACUGUGAAGUGUUUGACAUAACUGCUCUCCCCUCCCCAACCUCCCCUGUGGUCGCAUUGCUUUCUGUAUUCUGGCCCAGGACUUGCUGCAUUGGGAACGACUCAGUCAUGUAAAUAAAAAUGUUUA